GAACUUUCAUGCGGACAUUAGCAAAAUGGCAGAAGUAAUUAACGAUAGAUCUGUCUUGUCUGAUUCAAAUACAAAGCCCAGACCUAAUUUCCAAACAUACAUGGUAACUGAUUCAAAUGCCAGAGGUCAUGCUGUGCAUCAAAUUGAAGAAAAAAGACGACUGAGACAUAUGAAAUUCCCAUCUCUGAAGGGUAGGCAUGAUGUUGAUUCUUUUCAAGAAAAUGUGGAUUCGAACGUCGGAUUCAAGCGAUGGAAUGAUGAAGGAGAAUACCAUGCGAAUGCUCCAUACAGGACAUACGACAAUACUGUUGACCCAACGUCAGGGUUUGUCAGUGCUGGUGGAGAUGUCGACAGACAGACAGGGCAUACUCAAAUUAGGUCUUUGGUCCAACUCAACAAAACUCCCCAGGCAAUGACUCCGCGGGGCCAAAACACCGUUCGAAAAGAACCAGCUGCACCCCCUGAGUUGAAGCGUGAAGCAACAUGGUCUCCUGGAGUCCCAACCCAAUGGAAUAGUCGCAAAACAUCCGAUAUUUGGAUGCGCUCAAAGCUUGGAGGAUGGACAAGUGAUGUUGAUCCUCGUGUAACUUCAGCUGGCCGCCCUCAGACCUCUCCAGAAGAGCAGACACGAAGCAGUCGGGAUAAGUUAGCUCUCAAGUAUAUGUACGGAACAUCUACCCAAAGGGGCUACGAAGAAGUGCCUUGGGAUCAUUUCCUUGCUCCAAAAAUGUGGCCCCCAACAGUGACUACAGAAGAGAAACCGGACAAUAUAUCCCAUCGGUGGCAUAAUAAGCGCUAUGAUCCUGCUGCUCAAGAAUGGCAGGCUGUCGGAAGAGGUCUUGACUGGUUUCUCCCACGGAAAGGAUACUAUAAAGAUGAAUCAGUUACUUUCUGCAGCCCUUGUCACCGCACUCAACAAAUUCCUCUCUACAGUGGAUGCAUUGGAGCAGAGAAUCUGGUUGAACUUGACAACGCUAAAGAACCGUUCCAUCCUUAUACAGUGAAGCGGUCUGCCAUUCCGAGACCCAGUGAAACAGCUCACCGACCCAACAUUCCGUUGUACAGUGGAUGCACUCUGUGGCAGGGUUAUUAUGCUCCGGCCCAUUCUAAGCCAGCUGAUCGGGAGUACCUCCAACCAACAACGACAACUUUCCACAAAUCCAUUCCUGUGGAACAGACCCCUGUGGACCAUAAGCGCAAUGCUCAGAUGUCUAAGAUGAUCACACUGGUUCCUCCGUGCAAUCCUUUCAAUUCCAUGGAAAAGGAAGGAGUUCAAGUAUAAGCAGAAGGUCAACGUACAGAAUUAAACCUAUCAGUGGAAUAUCCACAAUUUGAUCUGAGGCAGUGAAAGCCUUUCAAAGACAUUGUCUCGUAACAUUUGUAUUUCUGUUUAGCUGUGUGCAAUUCAUUCUUUAGUGCCUUUGGAAUUGUGUUUUUGUUUCGAUAUUUUACUAAAUGUAAAGGUGUAAAUGUGAUGAAUUGCUAUACCAUGCUGAAUUUUUCCCACAAACUGUGUGCCAUUGCAGCACGAAUGUAUGGGAUUCCCUUGUCAAAGUUUAGCUGGGAUUAUAUCAGCUUUACUUACAUGCUAAGUUCCAUGUUAUUGUCUCUACAAGUGUCCCACAAAGUGCAUUCUCACUUUAUUUACAGUAUUAUUAGCUCCUUCGCUUUAUCGAAAGCAAUUGCACUCUAUUCAUUGUUGUCCAUGGAAUCUUCCUCCUCAUUAUAAUCAUCACUGUUCAUCAGCAUCAUCAUCUUCAUCAUUGUUAUGGUCACUUUGGCCAAUUUGUUAUGUAUUUAUUUAUUGAUAAGUUCUACAUAGUUUUAAAGCCUUCAAAGUGAAUGUCCUGUUUCUAUUUGAAUUAUAUUUUUGUACAGUGGCAUAGUAAAGAAAAACCAAGAUAUUUUCACACCUCUUUAGAUAGUUUGACUUUUACUGUUGUACAGUUAUGUGAUGUGGUAAGAUGAGGUCCUUUUGAUUUUUUCAAGAGUGUGUGUGUUGAUAUUUCUGGAUUUUACUGUUGUGUUUACAAUCUAUGUACAUGAGUGGAAAGUUUUAUGAGUCCCCUUUUCUUUUUGAUGUGCUUUAUUUGUUAACAUGAAACAGAUAUGCUGAAACUUGUUUUCUGUAAAAAGAUGUCCCACCGACUGUGAUAACAUUUACGCUUUUGAUAUCGCCCCCCCCCCAAAAAAAUCCCAAAAAUGAAGCCUUUAAAAAAGAAGACAAAAAAUAUAUAGAUGUAUAUUAUUGUUAUUUUGUGGAGAGGGUUAGACCUAUUGGGUUCUUAAUGCCUGCUGCUCUGAUUUUUAAAACACAAGCAAUAGAAAAUAUUGUAUGGUAAUACACACUGCCCUGUCUUCUAGGAAGUAUAUAAUUAUGUACCAAAAAAGGCAAUGGAAUAUCGUAAUAAGUGGUGUCUUUUUAUAUUACAUUCUUUUUAUUCUUUUCCUUUGAAACAAAAAUGAGUUUUGAAGCUGUAUGUAACAGCUGUUUAUAUGAUGCCUUAAAAGAAAACAUUUUAAAAAAGUAACAAUAUUGUUAGUCAAGAUUUGUUGACUUUUAUCAAACUCAGCAGUAUUUACGUUUUGUAACCCAGAAGCCAACAUACUCUUGUGCCUUUUUGUUUCAUUUGUCUUAUUAUCUAGGUGCAGCAUUUUGUUUUUUGUCUUUAUUGUGCUGAGGGAAUGUACAUUAUUUGACUGCACACAAACAGCAUUAGUUUUUAAUGUGUCAACAUUUUGUAAACAGCAUUAUUUUAGUAAAACCAUAUCCUCAUCUUUGAAACCAUGAACAUAAUUUUAGUGGUUUACAAUUUUUAAUUCAUAGUAAAUUAAGUGAGUAACUGUUAUUAGUAUAUAGAGUACAAAAUUUCAAUCAUGUUAUUAUUAUUUUAUUUUCCUAUAAAAUACUUGUGUACGAAGAGAACUUAAGGGUGGAUACUAUUGCUUUGAUGAAAGCGAGAUCAUUUUUCUCAUUUAUUCUCUUUUUAUAAAAAAACAAGGUAAAUAACCAGAAUUCCAUUCCUUUUAUGUCCUUAAUAAGAUUACUCCUGAUUAGAAUUUUUUGCUGGAAAAAUAUAGAUUAAGAUUUUUAAGAUUUUGUUGUGACAAUUUGAAUGAUUAGAAAAAAAAGAUUAUUGAGGGAAGUUGUACAAUUUUAAGACAAAUUUUAUGUAUUCAAGAUGCAUUUGUGGCAAAUUUGUGUAUCUUCGUUGCUUGUUUGAAACAAAACAUGUGUGGUCUUCGAAAAAAAUGUUGAAUUGUGAGAAUUUAUGUAUAAUAUUCAAGACUUCAUUUCUACCAGUCUAGAAUACACUUUAGUGUAUAUUGUAUGGUUUACUGCAUUUAUGGACAAUCGAAUGUCUUUGAGUCAAUCAUUCUUGUAUUGCUCCAAUUCCAAUCAUAGCUAGUGUUGCACAAGUUGUCUUCAUAAUAACUGCACAAAGUGACGUCCAAUAUGCACAUGAAUUAUAUACUGAAGUUGAGAUAAAACCAGCUGCAGAUCUGAGUAGAGCCUAGGAAGCCAGUGAAAUGACUGGAUAGAAAACAUUCCUUGUCAAGAGAUGCCGGCUGUUCAGAUGUUCUAAGCCCGAAAUUUUUAAUUUUAAAAAUUACGGUUUCUUAAUCUGUGGCAUGGGUUACAUAUGCUCGAGGAAGAUUUAGUCGGAAUUCAAAUUUUGAGUGUUAAAAAAAAGCAAGAAAAGAUACUUAAUUUAGGUAUCAUUUUAAAAGAAUGAAAUAACAUAGUUUUUUCUUUAUCCUGUAAAAUUUUGCUUUCUGGGCUUAGAACAGUUUAACAGCUUGCCAGUGAUAUAUACUGCUAUGUCUUUGGCUUGUGGAAUCUUUAUAGGUUUAAGAAAAUAUAAAAAGAAAUUAAAGAUUUCUUAUAAAACCAGUUUCUGUUUGUCACAUACUUUAUUGUAUGAAUAGCAUGUGAUUUUUUAAUCUCUUGAAUUUUGGGCUUGACAGAAAGAUUUGCUUUCAAAUUUACCAAGGAUACCUUCAGACCCUUAGUUCCACAUGUCAUGUGCAUUGUUUUCCAGCAUUUUGCUUUGUAGUCUCUAGUAAAACACUGACCUCGGAUGAUCACUGGUUUUCUUGAUUACACUGUGAGAUGCUUUUGAAAGGAUGCAGAGAAAAUAAAUUCUUGUUCACACAA